AUGGCCACCCAGGGCCACAUCAAGCAAUUUGACCCCACAGUCCCAGGGAAAUGGGACUCCUAUGCCACCAAGCUUGAGUUUUUCCAUGUGGCCAAUAACGUGACCGACCCUCUAUUGAAGCGAGCCAUGCUGUUCAGUGUGUGUGGGCCUGGCAUGUUCAAGAUUCCCCAGGCCCUCGAGGCCCCAACCAAGCUAAGCGAGAUGACAUUCAACACAAUAAUGCUGAAGUUGAGGACACACUUCGCUUCCCAGCCAUUGGAGAUUGCUUGCCAGCACGAGUUCUACAAGCGAAACCAGGCCUCAGGCAAAUCCAUAGAGGCCUUCAUCACAACCUUGCUGCAGGACACCCACCACUGCAACUUCAGCGACCUGGAGAUAAUGCUCCACAACCGUCUUGUGUGCAGGCUAAGGGAUGAGAAGCUACAACAGCACCUUUUUGCGAAGAAGGAUCUAGCCUUCCAGGUUGCCUUACACGAGGCCCUCACGGCAGAGACAGUCAGCAAGAUGAUGAGAGAGAUUCGCCAAGUGCAAAGCCCAUCCAUGGCAUGGAAGGCCGAGGCAGUGCACUCAGAGAAGAUUGUAGACAGUGAGGAAGGUGAGGACAUCCUGAGACUGUGCCUUGGCUUGUCCAAGUGUUUUGGCCAACAGAUAGGUGCAGAGGUGAAUUGCACCAGUUGCGGGGGCCAGCAUGAAUGCCAGUCAUGGUGUUUCUGUGAUGUCCAGUGUUGGGAAUGUGGGAAAACUGGCCAUAUUGAAUGCAACAGCCAAAUGAAGGAACAGUGGGACACUCCCUGGCAUCCAAUUUCAGGGCCUGGGGAUGGUCACCGCGGGACUCCAGGUGCAGUAGAAUGCCAUGCCAUAUCAGAGUGUACCUGCACACAGGAGCCAGCUGCCACAUCUAUCCAGAAUGCACAGCCAAUCUGCGAGAAGAUUCGAGUAGCCGUGAUCAUCCAGGGAACCCCAUGCGAAAUGGAGGUUGACUCCGGGUCAGCGCUCUCUGUUAUUUCUGCUGAGACAUACCAUCACAUCUGCCAGAAGGGAGGAGCCCCCUGUUUGCAGCCCUUUGAGGUGAUCCUGACAGACUUCCAGGGGAAGAAUGUGCCCAUUCAGGGCAUUGGCACGUUCACUGUCGAAUUUAAGCAUUUUAGCGGACCGCUGCAGCUGGUAGUUGUCAAAGGCCCCCACACCAGCCUACUUGGCCUCAACUGGUUCGACGCACUGGGCAUCCAUAUCACAGGGGUCCAGCACAUAGGCCAGUCCAGCUAUGAGGCCAUCUGUGAUGAGUUUGCAGCCGUGUUUGAUGUGUCACUGGGGUGCUACAAGGGCCCACCGGUCGCACUGAGCCUCAACCCGGCUGUAGUACCAAUCCGCAUGAAGGCUCGGCAGGUGCCAUUUGCCCUGAAGCCCAAGAUCGAUGCAGAGUUGGAUCACCUCAUCAAAGAAGGAGUCCUUGAGCCAGUCCUGCAUGCUCAGUGGGAAACCCCAAUUGUUACUUGCCUCAAGGCAAACGGGAAUGUGAGGAUCUGUGCUGACUACAAGUGCACCCUCAACAAAGCCUUGCAGCAGCAUGCAUAUCCUGUUCCAGUCGUGAGUCACCUUCUUGCAUCGCUGGCGAGUGGAAAAGUCUUUGCGAAGCUCGACUUGACCCAGGCAUAUCAACAACUCCCAGUUGACGAGGCCACCUCUGAGGCACAGACUAUCGUGACCCACCACGGGGCUUUCCGUGUCAAGAGACUACAGUUCGGUGUCAGCGUGGUCCCAGGCCUCUUCCAAAGCCUCAUGGAAGAUGUCCUGAAGGGUCUCCCUGGAGUAAUUCCAUAUUUUGGUGAUGUCCUCAUUGCGGGAGGGUCCGAGGCAGAGCUUGCAUGCCGUCUUCGAGAGGUCCUGCGCCGUUUUCAAGAUGCCGGCCUAAAGGUGAAGAAAGAAAAAUGCCAGCUGGGGAUCCCCAAGGUUGAGUUCCUCGGGUUCCUGAUCAACGCUGAUGGCAUCCACCCCACACCAGCAAAGGUAAAGGCCAUCCAUAGUGCUCCACCGCCACGCUGUAAGCAGGAGUUGCAGUCCUUCCUGGGCCUGUUGAACUUCUACCACUCUUUUACUGCUUUCAAUGCUGUCAAACACCUGCUCUCCUCUGACAGUGUCAUUACCCAUUUCAAUGAGACCAAGCCUGUUGUGCUUGCCUGUGAUGUCUCCCCAUAUGGAAUCGGUGCAGUCCUCAGCCACCAGUUGCCGGAUGGACGGGAGGCCCCUAUUGAAUUCUACUCCAGGACCUUGUCAUCAACGGAAUGCAAUUAUGCCCAGAUCGACAAGGAGGCCCUGGCUGUCGUGGCAGGGGUGAAUAAGUUUCACAACUACAUCUAUGGCCGCCACUUCACAAUUGUGACUGACCACAAGCCUCUGCUGGGCCUUUUUGCUCCUGAUCGGCAGACUCCUCAGAUCCUGUCCCCAAGGAUGUUAAGGUGGUCCAUCUUUCUCAGUGCAUAUGACUACGCACUUCACCACCGUCCCAGCAAGAGCUUGGGCCACACAGCUGCCCUAAGCCACCUGCCAUUGCCAGACAUAGACGCUGAUCCGUCCCCAGCCCACAGCGUGAUGCUGCUGGAGACUCUGCCCCAGCCACCGCUUCACACCACAGAUGUUGCCAUACACUCAGCAAAAGAUCGCACCCUUUCCCGUGUCCUCAACUGGGUGUGGAGAGGGUGGCCAGUGGGUCACCUCGAUGCCAAGUUCUCCCCAUUCAUCUCCCGGAAACAUGAACUGUCAGUUCACAAGGGAUGCCUGCUGUGGGGGAACCGGGUUGUGAUUCCUGCUAAGCUGCAGACCAGAGUGCUGGAGGAUCUGCAUGUGAGUCACCCAGGUAUCGUCCGCAUGAAAGCUCUGGCCAGGAGCUAUGUCUGGUGGCCAGGCAUUGAUGCGGAAUUAGAAGAAUGGAUCCGGUGCUGCCAGACCUGCCAAGAGUUCCGACCAGCCAUGCCGCAGUCCCUGAUCCAGCCAUGGGAGAUGACGCGAAAACCAUGGUCAAGACUCCACAUUGAUUUCGCUGGCCCGUUCCAAGGUCAGACAUUCUUGAUCAUUGUGGACACCUUCUCAAAGUGGCUUGAGGUGGUGCCAGUCUCAGCGAUGAACUCCAAGGUCGCCAUCUGGGCCCUGAAGUGGGUCUUUACCACACAUGGCCUGCCAGACAUCAUUGUGUCCGAUAAUGGAGCACAGUUCACAUCGGCUGAGUUCCAGAAGUUCAUGGCUGACAACCUAAUCCAGCAUGACACGUCAUCACCAUUUCACCCAUCAACAAACGGACAGGCCGAGAGAAUGGUGAGGACCACCAAGGAAUCCCUCACCCGGAUAGUCCAGGGGGACUGGAACCAGCGCUUAGCAGAUUUUCUGCUGCAGCAGCACAUCACGCCCUGCACCGUCACAGACCGAAGCCCUGCAGAGCUCCUCAUGAACCGGAAGCUGGCAUCGCUCCUGGAUCGGCUGCACCCCAACCUUGCAUCUGAUUGGCCUCCAGGCCAGGAGCCUCCAGCGGGCCCCAUGUCCUUCACCCCAGGUGACCCUGUCUACACCCAGAACUAUGGAGAUGGCCUUGCCUGGAUCCCUGCUGCUACCAGGGCAACUUGGCCAGUCUCCUACAAGGUUGCCAUGCCAGACAGUCGGGUGCACCGCCAGCAUGUGGACCAAGUGUGGCACCACCUAACUGAUGCCCCAGCUCCAGCUGCCACCACCACACCAAAGCACAGGGAUGAAGUGAAUGAUCAGCUCGGUUCACAGCCUGAUGCACCCAAGGAGGACCCUGUGUUCCCAGGAAGUACAGAGGAAUGGGGCCCUGGCACUGCACCACCAGACAGUGCCAAGGCAACAACACUGGUGACACCCAUGACACCAGCUCCAACACAAUCUCUAAAUGACCCAAGGGGGCGAGCUCUGCCGCUCUUAUAA